GGCCGAGCGGGGCGGGCCGGGCCGGCUCCCCGGUCCCCGCGCCCCCGCCAGGCCUGAGCCGCGCGCGCCGUCCCGGCGCCUACCCGGCUGUGAGCGGCGCGGCGGCCCCGGAGCGGCGGGCGCGAGAUGCUCACCAUGACAGGCAUUCAAGUGCUCCUCUGCCUCUGCCUCCUCCUCUAUGCUGCUGGGCAGGUGAGACCCUACAGUGCCCACUGGAAACCCACCUGGCCAGCCUACCGACUCCCUGUAGUCUUGCCCCAGUCCACCCUUAACUUAGCCAAGCCUGACUUUGGGGCCAGAGCCAAGCUGGAGGUGACAUCCUCCUGUGGACCACAGUGUCACAAAGGAACCCCACUGCCUACCUACGAAGAGGUCAAGCAGUACCUGGCUUAUGAAACCCUGUAUGCCAAUGGCAGCCGCACUGAGACACAGGUGGGCAUUUACAUCCUCAGCAGUGGGGGGACCGAGUCUGCUGGGAAAUCACGGAGAAAGCGGCAAAUUUAUGGCUAUGAUGGCAGGUUUAGCAUUUUUGGGAAAGAUUUCCUGCUCAACUACCCAUUCUCAACCUCAGUGAAGUUGUCCACUGGCUGCACGGGCACACUGGUGUCAGAGAAGCAUGUUCUCACUGCUGCUCAUUGCAUCCACGAUGGGAAAACCUACGUGAAGGGCACCCAGAAACUUCGAGUGGGCUUUCUGAAGCCUAAAUUUAAAGACAGUGCUCAGGACACCAACAGUUCCAGCCCAGCUGUGCCCGACAAGAUGAGGUUCCAGUGGAUCCGGGUAAAGCGCACACAUGUGCCCAAGGGCUGGAUCAAGGGCAAUGCCAAUGACAUUGGCAUGGAUUAUGAUUAUGCCCUCCUGGAACUCAAGAAGCCCCACAAGAGAAAGUUCAUGAAGAUCGGGGUGAGCCCUCCUGCCAAACAGCUCCCAGGGGGCAGGAUCCAUUUCUCUGGUUAUGACAACGACCGUCCAGGCAAUUUGGUGUAUCGCUUCUGUGAUGUCAAAGAAGAGACAUAUGACCUGCUGUACCAGCAGUGUGAUGCCCAGCCUGGGGCCAGUGGCUCAGGGGUGUAUGUGAGGAUGUGGAGGAGACAGCAGCAGAAGUGGGAACGCAAAAUUAUUGGCAUCUUUUCAGGGCACCAGUGGGUAGACAUGAAUGGUUCUCCACAGGAUUUUAAUGUUGCUGUUCGAAUCACCCCUCUCAAAUAUGCCCAGAUUUGCUACUGGAUUAAAGGAAACUACCAAGAUUGUAGGGAGGGGUGACACUGUAUUCCCUCCUAACUGCACUUACUGGUUUUCAUGUAACGGUUUUAGGAGAAACCAAAUUUGGUUAUUGGGGUGUGUGUGUGUGUGUGUGUGUGUGUGUGUCUGUGUGUCUGUGUGUGUGUGUCUGUGUGUCUUCAUGUGUUUAUCUGUGUGUGGUCAUAUCUUGCACCUAAUUUUUUUACUACGAGAUGACUGGUCUUAUUAUUUGAAAACUGGCUUGUGUAUCAUAUCAUUUAAGCAGUUUGGUGGCAGAAUUUUGCAUAGAAAUAAACAUACUGAUGUUUGGGGCAAUAGGGAAUAUUAAUGAUUAAGUUAAUCCUUCACCUUUUGAGAACUUCGGUUCUGAUUUUAUCUGAAUUUUUUCAAAGAUUUCUAUUAAAAACGUGGCAUAGAGGAGAUAUCUGUUCUUAUUGUCUCUGUGCAUGUUUUCUCCUGAGAGUCAUCUUCUUUCUUAAUGAGUGCCUGGUCGUUACUGGUUCUAAGCAGUGGCCCUCCCCACCACAUACAGACCUUAGGGACUUUCACAAGCUCCCUUCAGCAGGAAGUUUUUUAUAUUUUUGGUUUGGGGACAAUUGCACAGUGGUGAUAUAAUUUGUUGACUCUGUGGCAUGCAUAUUAAACAUAACAUAUUAAAGAGUAAUAUAAAUACACAGUAUGGCAGUGUCCCAAGUAGCUUUCUGUUUUGAAAUUGUUUCUCUCUGAAGAUUGGUACUCUGCUUAUGCUGGAGAGCUUGCAUGCAACACUGCAAACUUUACAGUCACAUGAGAGUCAUCAAGAUCGUUGAUGGCAGACCUUCCAUCAGAAUCUCAGGAUCUCACAUUCUUGAACUAGCAGUUUUUCAGAAGACAAUGAUCAGAGCCUAAUUAUAAUAGGCUUCUCAGCUAACAGUUAUGGUCACAUUAAAAACAAUCAUAGCAUUUUACUCCUGGAGUGUAGCACAUCUCAUGUUUUAUCAUUUGGAUGGAGUAAUUUAAAAUGAAUUAAAUUCCAGAGAACAAUGGAUGCUUUGCUGGGCAGAUGUCACAGCAGAAUACCCACUUGUUUGGAGCCUGGCACAGUCACACAGACUAAUCAGAAAUAUUCUGCUGCAGUUUUCCAUGUGCUUUCAAGGGAGCUGUGUACUUUUUGGAUUUGAAAACUUAUUUUCUUACUUAUUUUAUAGUAAAAUUUUUAGAAGAUUCACUAACAAAAAUUGGUAUGGCUUUGUUUUGUCCCAGCAGCUCUAAGAGUGCCUUCUUAAGUGGCAUGCUCUCGCCUGCCAGCAUGUAGUCGGGAGCAAUAAUAAAAAAGAAAUCGGGGAAGGGAAAAUGGAUCAGGAAUCUGCACUUUAAUCAAUGCCUUUACAAAAGCUUUAUCAUUGUAAUUACCCCAACUGAAAAGAAAAAUCUUACUUUUUAAGUUUUAAUUUUGUGGCUCUCAGCCUGGUACUUCCUCCUAUGAGGACUGAAUGGCAGAUGUUUGCCAAGCUUGCUCCUGGACGCUUGGCACCUUCGUGGUGUCUGCACCUGAGGUUAGUCAGAUGACACUGAGGUGUAACCUCCAGGUGGCUUCUAGCCUGUGAUUCUGUGACCUUUUGGAAAGGAUGAUCUUGAAAAGGCACGCAAGGAAUGUACACUCUAAUGCUUCCUUCUGAUCACAUAAGUUCUUCAUGAGAGCGAUGCAUGGCUCCUGUGCUUUUGUGCAAUUUGCUUUGGAAUCCAAUAGGAAUCUCUUCUGAUGAAGAAGAGAAGUUGCGGUUGCAGUUCUGAAGUCACCAGAACUGACUUUUAAAACAAACACUCCUUUUGUGAAGUACCUUAGUUCCUGAUUUUAAUGUUUCAUUACUGGAAACUUGAAACUUUCUUCAACAAGUGUAUGCAAUGACACAAAGUGAAAAUAAUGCAAAUGUUUAUUUCACAAGCAGAUAUAAUUGAGCAAAUAAUACCCACAUGUUACAUACAGCAUAACUCAUGGAAUUCUAAAAACUGAAAAAACAAUUUAAUACGUUCAUAUUUUCCAUGAUAAUAAAAGGAAGCAUGGCUUAAACUUGUAGAAGUUAAAAUAAAAAGAAAACUCCUGUGAUGUUAAUACAAUUGGUACUUCACAUGAAUUAGUUAUACAUUGUCAGGAUAUGCACUUUACCCUCAGCAACAUGGGUUUGAAUCUCCCAGGUUC